AUGAACUUGUAUAAUGCCUCCAAGAUGGGCCCUGGUGGUGGUGGUGGUGGUGGUGGUGGUGGUGGUGGUGGCAAAAUGUCUUCUGGGCGACUUGGGCCAAGGAUCUAUCUUCACAUGUUCGUGAAAGACCUCCUGGAUGCCAUCCAGGUGUUGGCCCUCCUACAAGAGUAUCAACCCCUAGCCACCAUCGAACCCCGGGCUGAGGGCUAUGAGCUGUCUCAGCGGGCGGACUUUCCCUCUACCCCCUCAUUCUCUUCUCAUUUUGGGAAUUCAGGUCAACUUCUGCCCCUGCAUGCAGCCUGUGCUUAUUCCAAAGGAUGCAUACCUCAAAGCUGCAAGGAAAUCAAAGAGAAAUGUCCAGAGUCAGAUGAUGGCCUGUACUUCCUCCGGAGUGGGAAUGGGAACAUCUACCAGACCUUUUGUGACAUGAGUACUGGGGGAGGUGGCUGGACCCUGGUGGCCAGUGUGCAUGAGAAUCACUUGGCAGGGAAGUGCACCCAGGGGGAUCGUUGGUCCAGCCAGCAAGGUAACAGAGUCGACUACCCUGAGGGUGAAGGGAACUGGGCCAAUUAUGUCACCUUUGGAUCUGCAGAAGCUGCUACCAGUGAUGACUACAAGAAUCCAGGUUACUAUAGCAUUCAGGCCAAGGAUCUGGCCAUCUGGCAUGUGCCCAACAAGUCUCCCUUGCAGCAGUGGAGGAAUAGUUCUCUGCUGAGGUAUCGUACCAACACUGGCUUCUUCAAGGGUUUUGGAGGGAACCUCUUUGCCCUGUAUCAGAGGUAUCCAGUGAAAUAUGGGAUUGGCAAGUGUUGGACUGACAAUGGCCCAGCUAUACCCGUCACCUAUGAUUUUGGUGAUGCACAAACAACUGCCCGUUAUUACUCUCCACUUGGCCAGCAGGAAUUGGUUGGAGGCUUUGUCCAGUUCCGGGUAUUUAAUACAGAGAGAGCAGCCAAUGCCCUCUGUGCUGGAAUACGAGUCACUGGAUGUAACACUGAACAUCACUGCAUUGGUGGAGGGGGAUACUUUCCAGCAUGGCCUCCUAGGCAAUGUGGGGAUUUUUCUGCCUUUGACUGGGAUGGCUAUGGAACUCAUACUGCUGGUAGCAACAGUCGGGAGAUAACAGAGGCUGCUGUGCUCCUGUUCUACAGAUGACCAGCUAUUAGCUGAUUCAGGAAUGAGUAAUUUCCCUUCCCCUAAGAAUCAACAUGAGAUGAUUCCUCUGUGCAUGGAGUUUGGAGAGAAUAAUAAAUUCUAUUAAAUCAUGAUUUGGUUUCUUUGUGUCCUUGGCCAAGACCCUUAGGCUCUCUGGGUCUUCUUCAUCAUACAUAUAUAAAAUGAGAGAACUGGAUUAGAUAUUUAUUCUCUGAGGUUCUCUCAAACUCUAGACCUAUGAAAUGAUUGUUAGAUGACAAUAGGUGGAUAGUUAAAGCAUAUAUUAAGCACUUAAUAUAUGCCAAACAUUGUGCUAAUGGUUAUGAUCCAAAUACAGUCUACAGAACCAUCUCUGCCAUCUAGGAGUUUAAAUUGUAUUGAAUGUUUGUGGGGGCUAAAAUAUAGAAAGAGGAGCUGAUGGGAGGCCAUCAUUUUUCUGGGAAGUGAUUUGGAGGUCUAGUGCCAAGCAAGAUAAGGUGAAAACUUAGCUAUCAGAGCUCAGAGUGGAUUUACAAACAGUUCAAGUUUUGGUUGGGAG